UCUAAAAAGCAAGAGACCGAAAAAAGAGCUAUCGAUUUCUCAAAGUGAAGCGCACAAUGUGUACAGAAAGAAAAAACGUAUUGCAGACAGGAUUGAUCUAAUGUCAUCGGAGAAGAGCCUCAAUCCGAUGGUUUUGCUAUAUCUUGAUGGACAUGGAACGGUUAAAGCUGCUGGAACGCCCGGCCUUCGUCGAGAAAUCUUGAAUAUUUCCCGAGAUGCCAUGUGCAAAUAUGUUGAAGACAAUUCUUUGAUUACAACUGACUCCCCAAAAAGCUGUGAAGACGUUUAUCAAGUGCAGGAGAUACGCUCUGAUCUUGUUGAUCCUGAUGCUUUGGAAGAAAUAAAACAAGGGACUUGGUCGUGCAAAGAGCUACGGAAACUGGUUUUAAAUAUGGUUCUCCCAAGAACAGCUGACAUCGACAAGAAAGGAAAACGGAAGUGGAAAGUGGCUAGAGUGAGAGACUUUUGGCUUAAAGCAGAGAAACCGUUGUUUUGGCCUCCUCACAUCCCAUUUGUUUCGCCAUCUGCCAGGAUUAAUCAACCUUCAGAGGAUGAUUACGAUGAAGAAGAAUUUGAUGAUAAAACAGAACGCUCGAGAAAAAUUUUAAAUAAGAAAGAACUGAUAGAGAUCGCUCUAUCGUAUGGAGAAUACGUUCAUGAAUUUACUGGAAAUGAAAAAAAUGAAGAGACAACACAAUCAUUUGGUCAAGGAAGACAAGAGAAAACUAAUCGAGAUGCGAAUGUUGGAAAAGAUACGUAUACAAGCGAAGAAGAUAAAAGAAGUGAUGAGAGCGAGAAAAGAGAAGAUUUCGAAAACAAAUUUGUUGAUAACGAAGCUGCAUUAAAUAACAUAAAAGAGGAUGAAAGGGAAGAGGAUACACAAUUAGUGAAUUUACAACAGAUGAGAGACAUGUACGAAAAAAGAGAAAUAGCUUGUAUUGUUCGCGCAAUGUUAAAAGACCCCCUAAAAUAUGUUGAAACAGCCUACGAAUUGUUGGACUUAGCUGAUACACAUCAACAUCCUAUUACGAAAAAUUUAAAGUCACACGAAAAAGACCUCAUGGGCGUUCCACAUGAUUACGACACAAGUUGUCCUGGAGACAUUUUCAACGCUUUAAGCAUUGAUCCCAAUAGACUUCAACUCGAUUCAUUUCUAUACGGAGUUGCACAUCAAUGUCAUUUGGCAUCCGAACGCUCACGACAAACAAGUAAAGCAAUUUCAAAUGAAGAAAUUAUAAAAGAAAUACAAGAUUUCAACACUGAAGAGGUUACCCUUACUAACACGCAUGUUCAAUGCAUUGCUGGAGCACUUCGUGCGUCAUUGGAAAUAUGGAGUCCCCAGUUUGAACUAUUUCAUAUCUAUUUUCCGUGUUUAUGCCAAGUUACGGACAACGGAGGAAUAGGCUACUUUAGUUUGACAGUUGGCAAAACUUUUUAA